AUGCCAUUAAGCACAAACCCCUCACGCUCUCGCAUCCCGCUGUUUCGAAGUUUCAGUGCCAGCAGUGCUGCCGCUAAAGACAAGAACGGCCAAACCGACAACACCAAGAAUAGUUCAGAUGCUCCGAGAGCUCCUCUGGGCUUCAGUUUACCUACUCUGUCCGCGCUGGCAAAUCUCAACCUCCACCGUCGCGGUCGGAGCACGUCGAAUGCGAGGAAGGGGUCGAGUCAUGACUCGCGUUGGAAACCAGGGGAUCGAAAUGAGGGCGGGAGUCGUGCUGCUGGUCGGCAGCAGCAGCAGCAGUUGCCAGAGGAUCCCGUGAUAGAUGCAGCGGAUGAAGACCAGGACCAGGACCAGGACCAGGCAACUCCUCGCAAGCGAAGCUCGACUACAACCACCGCUACAGCCGCCACAGCUACAAGCACUGCUGCCUCUACUGCCAGCAAGCAUCGACAAUUGCAUUCGACAUCUCCAUCUCCAUCCCCAUCUCCAUGCGCAGCUGUACCAGCCACCACCGCUGACACCACUGCUGACACCACUGAUUCCGCUGCUGUUUCUCCUUCCAUCUCUCCCGGUAUCUCUUCCUCGCCUUCUGCAUCUCGAACCACCUCCGAAGCUCAAGCCACACCUCUACCAACUCCUCCUCCUCCUCCCUCCUCCACACGAAGUCUUCAAACUCCACCCUCUUCGUCGCCCUCUUUUACACCUCCUACUCCCAAUCCCGAUCCCAAUCCCAAUAAUAAUUUCGACCUCUCCUCAUCCUCCGCCUGCGCCGACUCCAGCACCAAUAAUAAUUCCCUCCACCCCAAUACCCAUCCAAUCAUUCGCCCUUCUCCCGCAUCCAGUCCAAAAUUCCUGCCUCAACUUCCGGCCAAUUCCAUCGACACCACCGACACCAUCUCUUCCCUAUCACCACCACCACCACCACCAGCUCCCCCCUUGCUGGUCGUCCAACGUCCUUCCACCCCUACCGUCCCAACCCUGCCCCAAUCCGACCCCGACAGUCAUGAAAGUCUUCCAGCGAUGCAGAGAAAGAUAUGGGUGAAACGACCUGGGGCCUCGCCCACAAGAGUCGAAGUAGCCGAAGACGAUCUUGUCGACAAUAUCCGAGAUGUCAUCCUUCACAAGUAUGCCAAUUCCCUCGGCCGCAGUAUCGAUGCUCCCGAUAUCGCCCUCAAGAUCCUCAGUCGCGAACCGGCCAACAAAAAUAUCACCUCUGAGCGCAUCCUGGGCCCCGAAGAGCCGAUCAGCAAAACCCUCGAUGCCUAUUACCCUGGUGGUCAAACCGUCGAAGAAGCUCUCAUCAUAGACGUUCCUUCCCGUCGCACCCCCCGCGCCUCUCCUCGAGCUGGCAAUCAUCAGAUCAGUUACUUUUAUCCCGACCAGUACCGUCCUGACGAUGCCGCAAGGGAAUAUUUCCCUCCCAUGCCCGUCCACUCACCUCACCUUGCUCAAAUUCAACAUCAAAACACUCUUCCUCAUGCUAUGUCUGUCUUGACCACCGGCCAGCUCCCUCCCCUGCCCAGUCCGGGUUCCCAUAGUGCUCGAAGACAUGGCUCCCAGCGACCUGUUUAUCGGAGACAGCACACUAGUAGUCCUACUCUCAUGCACACCGUCCAACCCAAUGGCCAAGUUAUAGAAACAAAAUCCCAGAUGAAUGGAACCGUUCCUACCGCUGCUGCACAACCUUUGCCCACCCCGCCUGCGCAGGCCACCGACUCGUCUCUUACUCCUCCCAAUCGAGCCGGUUCUCCACAUGCCGGUCAGAAACCAAAGAAAAAGAAAAACCCAAACGUCGCCCGCUCCGCCAAUGGUGAUCCUAUCUCCUCUUCAAAGGCCGCCCCCACCAUUGUACUUGAUAACUCUGUACCCCCCAUCAACGUCUUGCUGGUUGAAGACAACGUCAUCAAUUUGAAAUUGCUGGAAGCUUUCAUGAAAAGACUCAAGGUUCGAUGGAAGUCGGCAAUGAACGGCAAGGAAGCUGUUACCAUGUGGAGAACCGGUGGCUUCCAUUUGGUCCUGAUGGACAUUCAAUUGCCCGUCAUGAACGGCUUGGAGGCCACCAAGGAGAUCCGUCGACUCGAAGCUGUCAACGGCAUUGGAGUUUUUAGUGGAAGUCCCAUUGAGAAUGGUCUAAAAAUGGCCACCAAGAACAAUGUUCCUGUCAGUGAGGCUGAUACCUUGCCCGAUCGAAGCUUGUUCAAAAGUCCUGUUAUUAUCGUCGCUUUGACUGCCAGCAGUUUACAAAGUGAUCGACAUGAAGCACUGGCUGCUGGCUGUAAUGAUUUCUUAACAAAGCCUGUCAACUUCGUGUGGAUGGAGCGCAAGGUCACUGAAUGGGGAUGUAUGCAGGCAUUGAUUGAUUUUGAUGGCUGGAGGAAGUGGAAACAGUAUGCACAAGAAAGGGCCAAACAAGACCCAGUUAAGAAGGCUGCCGAAGAGAAGGAGGAGAAGGCCAAAGCCAAGGCCGCAUUGAAAGCCUUUAUGGCACGACCACCACCCAGCAUAAAGAAGGAUGCUGGUACCAGCAACGCCGCAUCUGCCGCAUCCACCGCCGCCGUUGAGAGGUCUGCUACACCGACGCAGAACGGAACCGUCAAAAAGGGUGGCGCUGGCACUGGAUCCGGUGUGGAGGACAGAAAGCCAAGGAGUCAUAAGAGCUCCAGAAGCACUGCGAGCAUAACAACGCCCACCGGUAAUCUGGAAUCCAUGGUCGAGGAAGAUGAGAAAGCAUCCUAA